GUCACAUUUAGUCGAGUAAUAUUUUAUUAUCAAGUUAACAUAAACUUUACUUUUAAUAAGUUCACAUUUAUACAAAGAUAGUCAAAAUGGCUUGGUGUUCAAAAGACUUGUUCCCAACAAAACUGAGUUUUGUUUAUUUCAUAUCUUACAUGGGAUUGUUUAUCAAUCAAGGCAUUUUAGUAACAGCUUCCAAGAACUCAAGUAACACAUAUAGCUACAACACUGUGACAGUUGUUCUUCUGACGGAAUGUCUCAAACUGUUCGUUGCUGUGGCUGUCUACUUGAAAGAGAAAUCUGUUUCAGAAUUUAUUGAAGAAUUUUACAACAACAGAGAUACGUUGCUGUACUAUUUUGUACCAGCGGGACUCUACUGCUUCUAUAACAACUUGCAAUUUGAGAAUCUGGCCAACUAUGACCCCACAACAUACUACCUGCUCCUUCAAUUCAGGGUCGUCGUCACUGGAGUUGUUUUCCAGAUUGUGUUCAAAAAGAAGUUAAGCUACAUACAGUGGGCAUCCCUGAUCUUCUUGACACUCGGCUGUAUCAUCAAGGAGUAUGGGCGCGUGUUUACCUCUGAGACGAGCUCUACAACAGAAACCGGAGUUUCGGCAUUCUUUGACCGACACCUGAUACUUAUCAUGGUUCAGGUAUUUUGCUCCUGUUUCGCGGGCGUUUACAAUGAGUAUUUACUGAAAGGACGCGGAAGUGACAUCCACAUCAUGAUGCAGAAUGUAUUCAUGUAUGUUGACUCAAUUGUGUGCAAUGUGAUCGCCCUCGGCUACAAGGGUCAACUGACAACGGCAUUCACUACGGACAACAUUUCGUCAAUCUUCCAAGUGACUGUGAUUUGUAUAAUGAUCAACAAUGCCGCCAUUGGAAUCGUUGUCAGUCUGUUCUUGCGGUCACUGAACUCAAUCUUGAAGACAUUUGCUAGUGCCCUGGAGUUGUUGUUCACAGCUGUCCUUUGCUGGAUAAUAUUUGGCAUUGCAAUAGACUGGUACACUGUGUUGGCUAUAUUGAUCGUAACUGCAGCUACGUUCUUGUACGCACAAAAUCCAGUUGUGAACAAGCCCCAAAAUGAAGUGACACAUUUACACGAAAACGGACAUAACAAGGAAGAAACUGUAUGAUGCUUUCAUAAGAAGUUAGAUAGCAAUAGUUUUACUGCUAGUAUUCUAUAUUUAUUGGCCACUACAAAAUAACAUAUAUAUAUUUGAACUUGUUCAAUUUUAGUUCUCAUCAAAAUCAUAGUUCUUGUUUUCAUGUUUUAAUGGAAAUGGCAUUAUAGACACAUUUUAACUUUGUUUUAUUGUUAUUAUAUCCUGUUUUGUUUCUAAUUGUGAUAAGGCUAAGUAUUAAAACAAGUUUUUAAGAGAGAUCAAAAAAGGGAUAUAUAUAAUUUAUAUGUAUUGUUUAUUUCUGCAAACUACAAUGUAAGGUGGCAUUUAAGCAUUUGAUUCAUUCAUUCACAUUUACUUAGUGGUAAUUGUCACUGUAAGUCGAUAACAUUUGCUACCACAGACAUACCAAAGAAAUUUUCAAGCAAUUCGGCAAUUCACAUGGCCAAUGUUUAAUUGUUUAGUAUAAGGGAAUCUUAGUAUAGGGUUCAAUAACAAUGAGCUAGUUAUUCUACAUUUACUUGUUCAUGCCAACAAGAGUGACUGAAAUUGAUUCAACAUAACUUUCUUCACUAUUGUUGUAAAGCUAGACCUUAAUUUCACUAUAACUUUCAUUUGUGAUGGUGAACAUUGCUUAUACUGUUACUGGUAGGGUAUAAGCUAGAGUGUUAUGGGGAAGCACACAUUUUUGGAAGCACCCUUUUACCCUCAUUGAGACUAGUAUACACCUUCCUGCCUUCAAAGAAUUAUGAAUAAGGACCCUGGUUUGAUAAUGUAGAGAACGAUUUGUUAAUUUUUUUGUAGAAUAACAUUUAUUAAUUACUUCAACAAUUACCGUUAUACUCUUUUUAUCACAUUACUACUUUGCUAGAUUGUUUCUGUUGCAGUGAAUAUUAAAAAUAGUCCAUAAAAAUAUCCAUGUUAAAACUGUAUAUAAGCAUUAUAAGAUAAAUAAUCACAAUAUUCGUUGGAGUCCGUUGUUUUAAUUACCAGAUUAAUUGUGUUGUAUGUAGCUAGAAUCAGCACUUUCUUUGCAAAGGAUUGAAUGCAGAGGAAAAAAAUAGGAAACAUCGUAAAAUGAUGCAUAAUUUUCUAGUCUUGCUUAAAUUAUUAUUCAUGAAAGGUGCAUUGAAUUGAAUUGUAGAGUAGUUCUAGUACAUAUUUUGUUUUUAUCAUGCCUUCCAAAAAGCAUACACAUUAUCAUUGUAAAGAAAUGCAUAUGUUUUAAAGUUCAUGACUUUGUAGUCAAUAUGACUAAUUUUGUUGAAAAAAACUUCUUUUUGCCAGCUUUCAUUUAAAUAGUACUUUACUAGCUGCAUUUUCAACAUUGAGCUUUAUUUUUCUCUGGAGAUUACCAGUUGUUAAUUUGGCCCUGCUUUUCGUCUUUGACUUAAUAAUAUACUGUGUUCUUUCACAUACAUUUAGAAAUCCCUGCCACCGGUAUUGUACAGUCAUGUAAAUAUGAGAAUUAAUGACUAUAUUGUUGUAGCCUCGGCUUUUUACAGCGCACUUCAAUUUCUAAGUUCAAGUUUUCUAUGUUUUUAUUGUGUUGAUGUAUUUUUUUUAUUUCUGUAUUUCUUCUUUCUUUAAACUAUUUUAGUGAUAACUCUAUGUGAGUUGCUCAUGACUAGGGAGACCUACAAAGAGAACAUCUACAAGAUACCUUUAUUGUCAAUUCUGGUAACUAAAUUAAUAAGGUUUUAUCUGUUGCUUUAUUUCAUGUCAAUUAGAACACUUUUACCUUCACCCGUUGUGAUGUAGUUUGUUAACUGAUAUGGAGCUGCAUUGACUUUUUAAUGCAUUAAGGUUUAAGUUAGGGGUGUUCUGUGAGGAUGUUUUGUCUGCAUUUAAAUUCAUUUCUUCCUGAAAUGCUAUGACCAAGGGUCAUAGUUCAUGACAACCCUGGAUUGAGGUUUUUCAUUUUAGACUGCACUUGUACAGGUUUAAAGUGUUUGUUUUUUGGACAUUCUAAUCAAACAUGGUAGGAACACCCAUGUAAUGGUGCAUUUAAGCCCCUUUACCCAGCUUAGGGCUUGAAUCACUGUAGUAAAACUAUUUUUUUAAGAUUGGGAUUUUAAGUCUGUCAUUAUCCCUAUUUACAAUUUGCCUUAGUGAUGUGUUUAAUUGGAUAAUGAAAGUUUUCAGAUUCUCUGUUCACUUAGCAGUGAACUGUUAUUGAUGUUAAAUCAAGUCUACUUUUUACAACAUACUUGUUUAUGCAUGAUAACAAUCAUUACUAGUAUUAUAAUGUAUAAUAGACUGUGCCUUCGAUAGGAUUUUAUUUUAUGUUAAGUUAACUGCUGUGUGCAAAGUGGCUGUUUUCUGUGUGGUUUGUUUUGCAUUUAAUAUGAUAACAAUACAUGUACUAUCAUUAGAAUAUUUCACAAUAUUGACUUUUUAUUUUAGAGUAUUGAGCUUGGGGUUGGGGGUGUUCAGCUCCUAAACCCCAGUGAUUCCCUGAUGCAGGAAACCAGAGUCCCUGGCCAAACCAUCAAGCUAUGGUGUCCCAUUUUGAACUAACUAUGCAUCCUUGGGUCCCCCAAAAUAUGCUUUCAUUGAUUGUUAGCCAUAUAUAGGGACCCCAUAUAAUCAAACCCCAGAAUUGUAAAGAAUGAAGCACACAGGACAGCCAACCUAUGGCAACCAUGAAAUUACCCAUCCUUAGUGAUAGGCACAUAUGGAUAUCACUUUGAAGUGUAUAUAAUACCCAGUUAUUUUGUAGUCAAAACUUACCUAAAAGGAAUACAUGUAUCUGUAUGUUAAACUCAUUUUUGAAAAAAAUCGUGAAAAAAUCCAGGAAACUCCAAAAAGCCAUUUAAUCAACAGAAGUAUGUUAAUGGUAUGUUUCAGGCCUAUGUACAAAAAAACUUUUUAAUGAAUAAGCAAAAUAGAAAAUACUGAAAUUAGAAUUGUUUAAAAAAUAAGAAAUACUCUUUUUUUAUGCUCUUUAUAUAUUUAAAAGGUCAAUUAUAAUACUUAAUACUCCACAAGGAACCUGCCCACAGUGCAUUUCAGGGAUUUCGUCCAUAUUUGAUGUUUUGUGAUAGAUAGGUUGAGUUAGUUUUAAGCUAGGUUUUUGAGUUUUGUUCAAUGAAGGGCUGAAUAUAUAUUUAUUAUUGUGUGUAUGUAAUCUUUGGUCAUAUUUAACACUGUUGUUUUAACACGUAUACAUUGUAUAAAGGAUAGCUUUAAUGUG